AUGGUCCGAUUGAGCGCGGUGGGAGCGUCUGGCGUGGCGCGCGGCGGUGGAAACAGUCCCCUCCUGGCUGUUGACCCGAAAAUGCACAUCCUAGAGUUCGGCGCCGAUCAAGACGAUGAGGGCAGCAGCGCACGCGCCGUGGACGCCGCUUUCCGCACGGUGCCACGCGAUCACACCGCCUUCCUCGUGUGGAAAAUCACUGAGAACGGCACCGAAAUGCUACCCAGGCCACAUUAUGGCACGUUUUACGACGCCGAUGCAUACCUGGUGUACUCAUGCUCUCUACCGGGGCAACCCGCAGGACCCGAUGUAAUACGACGCGAAAUCAAAGAGAACGGCGAGUGCAGCGAGAGACACAUACACGCGUGGGCGAGCGAGCGGAGCGCAGCGCUGGGCGCCGUCGCCCUGCGCCGCGCUUCCCAGCUGGCCGCCCACCUCUCCACGCCCACGGUUCUCCAUCGCGAGAACGCUGCCAAGGAGUCGCCGCGACUGCUGUCCUACUUCCGCGACGGUAUAAGAAUCUUCCGGUCGGGGGCGAACGGCGGCGCGCGACUGUACCGGGUGCGCGGGCCGCGGCCGGUGCUACUGCAGCUGGAGCCGGUCUCCUGGGCGCAGCUUGCCUCCGACGGCGUGUUCAUGCUGGACGCCAGUGCGCUACUCGUGCUGUGGCUCGGCCGCACCGCUAAUCUCAUCGAGAAGAUCUUCGGCGCUAAGAUCGCCUAUCGCAUGUCGCGUGGCGCGGACAAGGGGGCGCCCGCCCGUCGCAUUGUGAUCGCGCACGACGGUUACGAGCAGACCCUGCCCGCCGCGGAACGCGCGAUGCUGGGCAACCUCCUCGAGCCACAUUCGCGCGUCGUGGGAAUCACUUCGCCCCCUGAAGCGGCACGGCCGGCGCGACUGUACCGCGCCGCCCCCCCGCGCGCCACCCACGCGCCCCUCGCCCUGCCGUCGCACCGCCCCACAGCGCGCCUAGAAGAGGUCAAGCGUGCGCCGCUGUACAGAGAAGACCUGGCGGAUGAUGGCCACGCAACAUUUCGCUGUUUCACGAGUGGGCAGGCCCGUCCGGAGAAAUACUUCUGGGCGUGUACGUGGUGGACGCGGGGGGGCGCGGCGUGUGGGCGUGGGUGGGGGGGGGGCGGGGGGGCGGCGGCGGCGCGGGGCGCGCUGGCGGCGGCGCGGGGCCUGGCGCGCGCGCGCCGCCACGCGGGCCCCGUGAGCUGCGCCGCCGCGGGCCGCGAGCCGCUCGAGUUCGCGGCGCUGUUCCGCCGCUGGCGCUGGUGCGACGCGCGCCGCGACACGCGCCAAAGGGCCGCCCGCUCCGCCACCACGAGGCUCGACGCCGUCAGCCUGGCCGCCAACGCCUGGCUCGCCGCCGAGACCCAACUGCCGGACGACGGGUCGGGCUCGCUGCGGAUGUGGCGCGUACGGCGCGAGGAUGAGUGCGCGCGCCCUCACGGUGCCCGCGCGCCCCUCGCGGAGUUGGAGCGGCCCUGGCAAGCGGCGUUCUACGACCAAGACUGCUACAUCGCGCUCUACACCUACCACGCGCCCACCGGCGAUCAGUCCGUUAUUUAUUACUGGAUGGGUGGCUCUUCGCCAAAUGAUCUGAGGGAUUUGGGUGCAAAAGAAGCCAAGGACCUGUACGUGAAAUUAGGUCGUCUUCCCGUUCAGGCUUGGGUGUACCAAGGCAAGGAACCGGCGCACUUUUUGCAACUCUUUAAAGGGAGAAUGAUAACUUACGUGGGCAGCUCUACCUAUUAUGACCCGAGCGGGAGGCGCGUGGUGGCGCCGUCACGCGUGCUGAUCCGCGUUUCGGGGCAGUACGCGCGGGAGGCGCGCGGCGUAGAGGUGCGCUACGAGGGCGCCGGGGAGGGGCGCAGAGAAGAAGCGCGCUACGAGCGCGCGGGGCAGGGGCGCGACGUAGAGGCAAGCUACGAGGGCGCGGCGCAGGGUAGAGGCGCGUGCUACGUGCUACGCGAGGGCGCGCGCGUGUGGGUGUGGUGCGCCGCGUGCGCCACCGGCGACGAGCGCGAGGUCGCCAAGAACAUGGCCGCCGCAGAGCACGUGCUCGUCAUGCAGGGUAAAGAGAAGCCUGAUUUUUGGGCGGCUCUGAGAGAUCGGCGACAUUUGCUAGUGGCCUCUCCGCUGGCGGAAGUAGAGCGCCCUCUGCCGCCACGUUUGUUUUACGUGUCCAUUGGUGCGCCUGGCCAGUAUUCUUUCGAGGAGAUAAUAUCGCUAAGCCAGUACGAGCUGGCGCCCGAGAUGGCGGCGGUGCUGGACGCGCACGCGUGCGUGUUCGUGUGGCUCGGCGAGCACUGCUGCCCGCGCGCCAAGGACGACGCACGCCAACUGGCCGCCGCGUACCUCGCGCACGACCCCGCGGCUCGUGAUCCUGAGACACCUAUUCUGGUCCUCAGCCAAGGUCGGGAGCCUCCAAACUUCACUGGCUUCUUCCCACAUUGGAAACAUUCUAUGUGGAAGAACCACAAGACGUUCGGCGCCAUCAUCAGCGCGUUGGAGGGAAAGGCGAUAGUGCAGGGCGGCAACAGCGCGCUGCAGUGCGGCAACAACGCGAACGAAUUCGACCAGCACGGGAAGUACCCGCUUGCCGUGUUGCGUGGACCCAAGGAACAUAUGCCGUCCGAUGUCGAUCCCCUCACCAAAGAGCUGUACCUAACGCACGACGACUUCGUGUCUACGUUCAACAUGUCAUACAGCGACUUCCGCGCCUUGCCCAGCUGGAAACAGAAGGAAAUGAAGAAAGCCGUCGGACUUUUC